AUGAGGGCCUGGGUGUUCUUCCUUCUCUGCUUGGCUGGCAAGUCACUCGCUGCUCCUCAGCAGGAUGCUCUGCCAGAAGAGGCGGAGGUGGUCGAGGAUGCCGAGGAGGUGCUUGGGGUGAAUCCCGUGCAGGUCGAGGUUGGCGAGUUUGAUGAAGCCAUCGAGGACGAGGAGGAGGAAGUCGUGGCUCCAGAGAACCCAUGCCUCAACCAUCACUGCAAGCACGGAAAGGUGUGCGAGGUGGAUGAAAGCAACAACCCCAUGUGCGUGUGCCAGGACCCCACCAGCUGCCCAGCGAGCGUCAGCGAGUUUGAGCGGGUGUGCAGCAAUGACAACAAGACCUACGAGUCUACCUGCCAAUUCUUCGCCACCAAAUGUGCCCUUGAGGGAACAAAGAAGGGCCAUAAACUGCACCUGGACUACAUCGGACCCUGCAAAUAUAUUGCUCCCUGCCUCGACCUGGAGCUGACAGAGUUUCCUCUGCGCAUGCGCGACUGGCUGAAGAACGUGCUCGUCACUCUGUACGAAAGAGACGAGGACAACAACCUGCUCAACGAGAAACAGAAACUCAGGGUGAAGAAGAUCCACGAGAACGAGAAGCGCCUGGAAGCUGGAGACCACUCCAUGGAGCUGCUGGCCCGCGACUUUGAGAAGAAUUACAACAUGUACAUCUUCCCCGUCCACUGGCAGUUUGGACAGCUGGACCAGCACCCCAUUGAUGGGUUCCUGUCCCACACCGAGCUGUCUCCCCUCCGUGCCCCACUGAUCCCCAUGGAGCACUGCACCACCCGAUUCUUCGAAGAGUGCGAUUCCGACAGCGACAAGUACAUCGCCCUGGAAGAGUGGGCCAAAUGCUUCGGGAUCAAGGAACAGGACAUCGAUAAGGACUUGGUGAUCUAA